CGGUAAUUUGGAGCGUCGCAAACCUGUCGCUGUCGCCCUCAUUGCUUCUAGCUAGCACAAGCUAAACUGCGUACUUCAGGCAAGAUGUCGCUGAACGUGAAGAGGAGUAUCAGUGCGGUCGCUGCAUAGUUUUUUUUUCUUCUAGAAACGUCCUUUCAAAGCUGCAACGAGAUAAACAAUUUCUCGUUUGUGCUGCAGUGGCCUUUCACCCCAAAAUGGACAACCGGUUACUAAGCUAACGUAGCAACAUAACGUUUCAUUGCUAGCUAGCUAAUCGACCUGCGGAUAAACUACACACUGACAGAUGACAUGGCAGAGUCGUCGCCGUUAUCAGGUGUUAAUGUUGUUCUGGUUAUGGCUUAUGGAAGCUUGGUGUUUGUGCUGCUGUUUAUCUUUGUCAAAAGGCAAAUCAUGCGUUUCGCGAUGAGAUCCCGCCGAGGACCCCAUGCACCGAUUGGCCACAAUACACCUAAGGGUUUGAGGGAGGAGAUUGACUCCAGGCUGUCCAAGGUCCAGGAGAUCCGUUUCGAACCUCGUCUCCUAUCAGAAGAAGACGAUAGGCUGAAGCAAGGAUCACAGAUUAGUUGCUACAACUACCUGUACAGAAUGAAAGCAAUGGAUGCCAUCCGUGACUCAGGUAUUCCUCUGCAGGAGAUAAGCCGCAGUGCCAGUGCGUUUACUGGACGCAACUUCAGGAACUGGCUGUUGGAGUUGCGCAACUCCCAUUCUCUGAUCAAGAGCAGCCGCAGCGCGCUCAUUGACCGUUUGCUUGAAGGCUACGACAGCGCUCGCCAUGGGACUGGGGUGUUUGGGGAAGCCGAGUUUCUUGAAUACCAGCAAGCUCUCAGCGAACUAGCUGAUGUGGUGAAGGCCUAUUCCAGCACCACCAGCCUGGACCAGCAUCACCAGUCCGCAGCCAAGGACCUGACAGGCUCUCCUGUCCGGGGCACUCCCUCCACCAUCCAGGUCACCUACCUGCCCUCGACUGGCCAGCGCAGCAAGAGGCCCAAACACUUUCUGGAGCUCAAAAGUUUCAAAGACAACUACAACACACUGGAGAGCACCCUGUGAGAGACUGCUGCUACGGACUGACUGUCAGAAAAUGUUUGUAUGGUGUGUGAGCAUGUGUGCACAACAGUUACAGUCUACUGGGAAACAAGAAGUUGUACCAUGCUGUAGCUUUGUUUUCAAGUUGAGCUUUAAAAUUGACCCACAAAUUUAGGUUUGGAAAACUUGAGUUCAAAUAGGGCAAUGUCAGUCGUGAGCAUUUCCAUACACAAUAUUUUUCAAGUAUUUUAAAAGAAUUAUGUAGAAAUGUCUCAUUUUAUAACAGUUGUUUAAAUCUUGCAGUUACAAGAUUUUUCUCAUUAUGGUGAAGCCCCUAUGUGCACGUGUUACACCAAGGCCUUUGUUCUUAUUUUGGACCCAAUGAGCGUGUUCAGAGGACAAAUAUGAUUGUAGACCAACCCGGCAAGGUUUUCAUUAUCAUUUUUGUAUAAACAGCAAAGCUAACGGCAAAUCACCUGGAUUAAUUUUUAUUUUCUCUCAAAAGUCCAAAUGUAAAUAUGAGUGUACCUUUUUAUUUACUGUGUAUUUGUACAGAUGUACAAUAUUUAUAUGAACAAUGAUAACUUAUUUCAUUGAUAUUGUUUGAUUUGUAUUUAUGUGAGGUUGUACACUUUUGUGGUUUGAGAUAAAUGCCUUACAACCCA